AUGCCGCUAAUACAGAUGCUGAGACGAACUUUUCUUGCGGUUUUCGUUGGAGUUGCUAGUGCAAUUUGCGAUCAAGAGGAUGGGUUCUGGCUCAACAGCCAUACUGAAGGUGUGACCGAUUUUGCACACGGAGGAGUCCCACUCAGUUGCAGUAACAACUGUUUUGAAGGAAGUUUGACGACGAAGAUUGUCGAUGAAGCGUUCAAGGUUGCAUUCAACGGAUCUGCUCCAUCGUCGUCGGCAAUACUAAGAGUGCAGAAUGUCCGAAAACGAACUAGCCGUGCCUUCCGAUUGGAGAGCAAGAUAGAUAAUGAUGACAGCGACUUUAACAAAAUGAACUGUGUGGAUCCGGGUCUGAGAGCUGACGUCGCCAACGCUCUCAAUAAGGUUGCCGACCAUUCCUGUCAGGGAAUCGUCAAGACAAUUCUAUACAGUAUCAAUCUCCCACAAUGGGCAGUGAAUUGUGUUGCUUUCACAGCCACACGCAAUUCCGAUGUUAUAUCGGAUUAA